GACUAAUCAGCUAAUCAGAAAUCAUGGUGGGCGUACCUGAAUUUUCUUCAUUUACAGAUCACAGUAGAUUCAAUGAUUCUGGCCAUAUGGAGUCUUUUCCAUUUGGCUUACUUAACCAGACAAAUCAGAACCCUGUGACAAAGUUUAAUGGAAAUAAUCUAAGUGCAGAUACAUACAAUAACCAAACUAUUCCAUUCUCUGGAAUAUUGGGCAUACCAGAAGAGGCAGUUCUGCUAUUUAAAGGCUUGAUGGUCACACGCGUCAUGCCCUCGUUCUACAUCUUCAUCAUCCUCAUUAGUUUGCCCCUGAACGCUUUGGCCUUGGUGACGUUCACCUGUAGGAUUCGAGAGAAGAAACCAGCUGUGAUCUACAUGUCUCACCUGGCGUGUGUGGACCUGCUCUUCACCCUGCUGCUGCCUCUGAAGAUCCACUACCAGCUGAACGCUUCAGAUUGGGUGUUCGGUGAGGCGGCGUGUCGUGUGCUCAGUGCUGCUUACUACUGCAACAUGUACUGCUCCAUACUGCUGAUGAUGUGCAUGAGUGUGGACAGACUGCUGGCCGUGGCGCUUCCCAUCGCCUCUCUAACCUGGAGGAGUGCAAGGAAAGCCACGUGUGUGUGUGUGCUGGUCUGGCUGCUGGCGCUCGCUGGGACGGUGCCACUUCUCUUAGUGAGACAAACGGUCACUGUCAACAGGGUGGGGGUCACCUGCUUUGAUGUGCUGCAAAAAAAUGACUUUUCAAUGCUGUUUUACUUGUACCUUUUCUCCAUCCUCCCCUGCAUCUACUUCUUCCUGCCACUGGUCGUCAUCUUAGUGAGCUACUCUACCAUCAUAUAUGUGCUCAGUGUCAAACCUACUCGUUUAACGACUUCAUCUUUAUCCUUUGACAAGGAUAGAAGAGCAGUGGUUAUGGCUACUGCCGUGCUGAUGGAGUUUGUGGUGUGUUUUGCACCAUCCAAUGGCAUCCUGUUGUAUCACUGUGUUUGUUUAGCUACUGGAGGAAACAGAGGAGUGGACACCUAUCCGGCUUACCUGUUGGCUGUGUGUUUGGGGAGCGCAAGUGUUUUCCUGGACCCUCUUCUGUACUACUAUGGCUCGUCUCAGUACAGACAGAAAAUCUGCUCUGUUUUGAGAUGUAGGCAGGCAGAAAGAGCAAACACAUGAUUGUGAUGCCAGGA